AUGAGGAGGUACAGUCCACCAUACUAUAGUCCUCUCGGAUAUGGCGGCCGAGGGAGAAGCCCUCCCAGAAGGGGAUACGGUGGCGGCUCGGGCUAUGGUAGGCGAAAGGAACAGAACCACGGAAGCCUUUUGGUCCGCAAUAUUCCACUGGAUUGUAGACCAGAAGAAAUUCGGGUUCCAUUUGAGAGAUUCGGACUUGUUAGGGAUGUGUAUAUCCCCAAGGACUACUACUCGGGGCAACCUGGAGGAUUUGCAUUUGUGCAGUUUGUGGAUCCUUAUGAGGCCUCAGAGGCUCAAUAUCACAUGAAUGGGAAAAUUUUUGCUGGGAGAGAGAUAUCUGUGUUUGUUGCUGCUGAAACAAGGGAAAGGCCAGAAGCGAUGUGUCAUAGGGCUAGGGUUAGAGGACCUUCAGGCUAUGGGGGACAACGGUCAUCUUAUUAUGAACAUUCUCGGUCUCGUUCACUAUCCCCACGCUCCCCUGGCCAUCCGUCAGGUUCUAAAAAUCAAUACCGCUCAAGGUCCUACUCACCUGUACCAAGACGAAGGGCGGACUAUUCAGUUUCCCCGGGUAGAAGGCAAGCAGACCACCCUCGAUCACCAGGAGGUCCUCGAAGAGAGCAAAAUGCUGAUCACGGCAGGUCUUACUCUCCAGGUUAUGCUAAUGCUGCUGAUCAAAAUGAAAACUGCAACGGGUAUUGCGAGAAAUCAACAUACGAGGUUGAGGAAGCAAGAGGUCACUGGAAGUCAUCGAGAGGUAGAGCCUCGAGAUCGCCCUCUGGAUCCAGGUCUAGAUGA